AUGCCGCGGGGCGAGAACAGACCGAGCGUCUUGCUAUCUCGCGAAGAGAACGAACAGGUGUUUAGUCUUAUAGGUCCAAAAUGUCAGAGUCUAGCCACUGCCGUAGUACAGCUCUUUACAACGGAAGGGCCGGGACACACGGAAUGGAAGAAAAAGGACACGGGAGUGCUCUGCCUUGUGAAGGAUAACGGCAAGAGGUCCUACUUCUUCAGGAUCUAUUGUUUGUACCGCAAGGCGAUGAUAUGGGAACACGAAGUCUACAUGCAGAUAGAGUAUAAAAGCCCCAGGCCAUAUUUACACACGUUCGAGGCCGAGGAAUACAUGACGGCGUUUAACUUCGCGAACGAAGACGAGGCCCGCGUCCUCAGGAACAUUCUCAUAGAGAAAAUCGAGUUGCGGAAGCAGAGGCGCGAAGAAAGGAGACAAAGGUCAACGCUGGCAGCUCGCGCCAAUAGUUCCGCUUCGAACCUAUCGAAUCAGUCGUCUCACAUGAACGGAAUGACUCAUGCGCAGUCCACUCCCGCCCCCACCCCGUCGCCUACGCCUGCCUUAGUUUCCGCCCCGGUCUCCGCACAGCCUGUGAAGACGAACACCCUGUCGAGUUCCUACUUGAAAGGAAAGAAACCGAAAGCGAGAAAGUUGACGAAGGCCGACAUCGGCGCCCCGAAGGACUUCAAACACAUCUCCCACGUCGGCUGGAAUGCUCACAAAGGUUUCGACGUAGACAACCUCGCCGAGGCCGAGAUGCGCUCCUUCUUCUCCAAAGCGGGCAUCAGCGAGACGGAGUUGAGCGACCAGGCCACUCGCCAGUUCAUAUACGACUUCAUCAACUCGCACGGAGGCAUCGACGCCGUUAAAGAGGAGCUCCACGACGAUCCACCGAAAUACGCACGAGGCGCAGCGGCGGUGCCCCCCGCACCCCCCGUGCCCUCUCGAGCCCCGCCUGCGCACCCGCCUGCACCGCCCUCACGAGCGCCUCCUCCUCCGCCGGCGAGAGCUGUGCCCCCACCGCCGCCACCCCCCUUGACCGUCGUUGCACCCCGCAACCCGCCCCCUCCGAGACCGCUACAACCAGCGCCAUCUAGCGCGCCGCCGUCUGUACCGCCGCCGCCGCCGCCUAGUGUCGCUCCACCUCCGCCCCCACCGCCGCCGCCGCCGGCCGCACUGCCGGCCCCCGCGCCGCCACCCGCUCCGCCUAUUCCUUCGGAAGCACCCGCGGACCCGAGGGCGGCCCUAAUGGAAAGCAUACGCAACGGGAACAAGAGUUUAAGGAAAGUGGAAGUCGGUGCGAAACCCGUAGGAAAUGAAGAUAGCAGAAGUAAUCUGCUGAGCGAGAUUCGGCAGGGCAUUAACUUGCGCGCAGUUAAGCCUCCCGACUCGAGCCAAGCGCCCGAAGCUCGGCCGCCGGCGUGCGGCUUGGCCGGGGCGCUCGCCAAAGCGUUGCAGGAGCGGGCGCGGGCGAUACAUUCCUCAGACUCCGAGGACAGCGAGACGACGAGCGACGGGGAAUGGGAUGACUAG